AUGGCCAAUCCUGUACCGGCUGCGCUGAAAUCAGCGGACAUCACUCGGUUCGCUUUGAGAGCUACACAGCUUGAGAAGCCAAAGCCCAUCGUUGCCUACUGGUGCAAUUACUGGAUAGUGAAUCAAAUACUGUCCAAAGGAUUGCAUAAUGCCGACGAGGAAAGCCUCACCUACACAACUACAAUGAUGGAUAGGCUUGAACAGUUCAAGUCACAGCACUCAGAUGAGGAUGCCAUAACCGACGACACGGCUGGAAAAGCAUACAUUGAGCAGUUCGGUCUCGAGACCUUUAACCGCGCAGACAACGCAAUCCGAGCGAACAGGGCAUCCCGCCAAACCGCCGACACAUUUCAGGCGGCUGCUACUUUUCUGGAUCUGUUGGGCAUCUGGGGUGCCAUUGAGCCCGAGAUUAUAACCAAGAUCAAGUUUGCCAAGUACCACGCCUUGAGAAUCGCAAAAGCAGUCAAAGCCGGCGAAGACCCCAAUGCCUCCAACCCUCCACCGAUCGAAGAAGAAACUUUACCAGAACUUGACCCUGACGAUGCAGACCUAUUAGCGGUCGAAGGAGGUGGCAGACCAAGACAACCUUCGGUGGUGGAAGUACCAGAUGAGGCAGAUAAGAUCCAACAAAACCUUGCCCGGGUAUCGUCACUCGACCAGUCACUGCACCCAUCACGAGACACCUCAAUCGCACCCAAGCCGCGUCAACCUUCGGUCACUGAAGUGCCUGAUGAAGCUGACAAACUCCAAGCGAACCUAGCUAGAACAAGCUCUCUCGACGAGUCUUUACAUCCGUCACGCGCUCCUUCAAUACCACCUCCAGUACAAGGUGUCUCGCCCAUCAGCCAGGAUCCAGCAGCCUUUUAUGCAGAUGGUGACAAAGGUCCAGUCUCGCCUCUCGAACCCCAGGGUGAACGCAAACCUUCAGUUGGAGGCAACUACUUCCCCGAGGUUCCUGUCGGCACACAACACCCUGCAGCCGCUACCAACAUCGGUCUCAAUCUUCCAGUUCCUCCCGGUGGGCAGCCAGCACAGCCAGCCCAUCAAUCCAGUGGCUCUGCGAAACCCAAUGUUAGCACCACCGUUCCGCCUAUUGUACCUCAUCCAACAUCGACAAAUGCUCCGCAGCAUCAUGGAUUGGUCCCACCACCCUCUUCAAGUGCCUCGCAGCACAUUCCUCCCCCAAUCGCUGGUCCACCUCCAGGUGCGCCCCUCUCACCUCCUGUCAAUUCUACACCCCAGGGACCUUUCAUCCCUCAGUCGACAGCCCCACCAGCCUCGCAGCCCGCCGCGUGGAAUGUACCUGCAGAAGUAAACGAGGAGGCCAUGCUGUCGGCCCAGAAACAUUGUCGCUGGGCAAUCAGUGCCCUGAACUUUGAGGAUGUGCCGACUGCAGUGAAGGAGCUACGUGGCGCUUUGAAGGACCUAGGUGCACUCUGA